AUGGACCACUUUGAGAGCCCCUUCCAUACCAAAAAGCAGGGUUUACAUAUUUUCGGUGACAUCACAGCCUUUACCAUGGCAACGUGUCGCUGGACCCAAGAGUGUGCUGAGGAGCCGAGCCACAAGGAGACUGCCAAUGAGAAACGGCAGCCUCAGAAAGAGUCGGCAGAAGUGGCAGAUGCUGGCAGCUUCCUAGGAUCGUCCACGCUUUCUGGUCCGAGGGAAGGAACUGUCAGGGGAGCCUGCAAAGUUGAUCCAGCCUCCUCCCGCUUGAAAAAACAAGAUACGAUCAACAGGAUGCCCGGACUCAUCAACCACACAAAUAACAGCCGUCUCCCGCUCACAGCUUCAGAGGUCACCUCGUGUGUCAGUGGCUAUGCCUUUGGGAUGACAGCCUCGCUUAUCUAUGGCAACAGUGAGAGCCAUCCUUUCGAAGGCCUCUUUGUCUAUCCACUGGACGAAUACACAACGGUAGUUGGCUUUGAAGCUGUUGUUUCUAAUCGAGUGGUGACAGUCCAAAUCAAGGAUAAAGCCAAGAUUGACGAUUGCUACGUUGACUGCUGUAAUGGAAGGACUCCAGGUGAAGGGCGCAUUGUGCUAGAUGAGGAUUUGGAGAGGAUCGUCUUCGUGGCCAACUUGGGCCUGGUGCCGCCUCAAGAAAGGGUGUCUAUCUGCAUCAGCACUUCGUCAGAGCUGCAGACGCUCCCCAGCGGAGCAGUGAGGGUCCUCCUUCCAGCCGUGUGUGUCCCCAAGGUCCCCCAGAACACGACUAAUGUCACCACCAGUCUCUCCGGACAUCACCUCCGACUAGACCGACACUUCUGUGGCACUGCGACUCCAGAUUCAGCCGGUAAAUUCUGUUUGGCCCAGCUUUUGGAGACGGAAGCAACCAACCCCACUGAAUAUGAAUUCAGCUUCUACCUAGAAAUCAGGGGGCCCUGCUUACUUGCAGGAGUUGAAAGCCCAACUCAUGAAAUUCGAGCGGAUGCCGAUCCUUCAGCCAGAUCUGCCAAGAGUAUCGUGAUCACUCUAGCCAACAAGCACACCUUUGACCGGCCCGUGGAGAUAUUGAUCCAUCCCAGUGAGCCUCACAUGCCUCAUGUCCUGAUGGAAGAAGGGGACAUGUCCUCCACUGAAUAUGAGCAACACCUGAAGGGGCGAAGUGAUUUCAUUAAAGGGACAAAAAAGGAUCCCAGUGCUGAGAAAAAGUACCUGGAGAGAAGCGGAGACCGCUGA